AUGACCGAAUCAACAACUACCAAAGACCGCAUAACCUGCCACAUCCUCGACACAACCCUCGGCCAACCCGCCCGCUCCGUCCGCGUCUCCCUCUCCCUCCUCUCCACCUCCACCGCCUCCCCCGGCCCCCUGAACCCUCCACCAGUCUUCGAGUCCACCACCGACGAGGACGGCCGCAUCAAGACCUGGCUCCCCUACUCCUCCGCCACCUCCUCGGGCGAGGUCCCCGUCUACACCCUCGAAGACGUCUUCGGCUCCAUCAGGGGCCCCUCCCGCUGGGUCCUCAAGUUCGACACCGAGUCCUACUUUGGCGGGCCCGACAAGACCUUCUUCCCCGAGGUCAACGUCGUGUUCAACGUGGCCGAGGGGGAGAGGUAUCAUGUCCCGCUGUUGCUGGCGCCGUAUAGCUAUUCCACUUACCGGGGGAGCUAA